AUGAAUUGGCUCAUGUGGAACGUGAAGGGUAUGAAUAAGCCCUUCAGACCAAAGGAACUUCGAAAUUAUCUCAAUAAACAUAAGAUCAAUCUUGCGGGUAUUUUAGAAACCAAAGCUGCUGAUAUAGUGAUAACUAUAGAGGAAGUGCAUGCACAAUACAUACAUGCAAAAGUAAAUGACAGGGCCACAAAUUUCCAUAGUUAUUUGACUUUAGUCUAUGGUAAGAACACGAAUGAGGAAAGGAAAAGCUUAUGGGAAAGGCUGCUUAGACUGGGGCGAAACAUUACUGAACCUUGGUGCAUAUGUGGAGACUAUAACACUCCACUUUCAUGUACAGAUAGAAUAGGUGGCCAAGGGGUUGCAGCUCAUGAAACAAGGGACUUACAGCAUGUGGUAGAUACUCUGAAUCUAGCAAAUAUGAAGGCGUCUGGGAGGCUGUACACAUGGUCAAAUGGACAUAUAUGGAGUACCAUCGAUAGAGCACUUUAUAAUGAUGCAUGGGCUAUACAGCAUGGACAUCUCACUGCCCAGUUUAGAGAGAACAGCUUCUCAGAUCAUUCUCCCAUCCAUAUAGAGCACCAUGGACUAACCGGGGGUGCCAAGAGGCCAUUUCGAUUUUUAAACAUCCUUGCUGAUCAUGAGGAGUUUCUGCACACAGUGGGAGCCAUUUGGGAUACGCAAUUGCAAAGAAAUGCCAUGUAUAAAGUGUGGAAAAAACUCAAGCUAUGCAAAGAGCUUCUAAAGAAAUUAAUGCACAAUCAUAUGAGAAACAUUGACAUGAGAGUACAAGAGGCAAGGGAGCGACUGCAAAUUAUUCAGACACAAGUGACCCAAACAGUGCAACAUGGGGUGGAUCCGAAAUUAGUCCAACUGGAGAAAAAUGCUUUAGCAGAUCUGCAACGAUGGUCAGAACUUCAGGAGAAGACUUUAAAGCAAAAAUCUAAAGCACAUUAUAUCAGCUCAAGAGAUGGAAAUAAUAGGAAUUUUUUCACAUGUAUGAAGGCACGGUCCAGCUUCAAUAGUAUAUCAGUGUUGAAAGAUGGAGCAGGAAGAACUCUGGUGAAACAUGAGGAGAUAGAAAAUAAGAUAUUGAAAUUCUAUAAGGCACUACUUGGCACUCAAGCAGACCAUCUACCUGCUAUUGAUGAAUUCUUUCAGGAAAAUAAACUUCUCAGAGCAGUAAACAAUACUGUCGUGACUUUGAUUCCCAAAACUUCUCAGCCUGAGACAGUUAGGGACUUUAGGCUUAUUGCUUGCUGUUCUACCAUAAACAAGAUAAUUUCAAAGGUGAUUUCAAAUAGAAUCAGAUGGGUGAUAGACGGACCGGUAGGACCAAACCAGUCAGCGUUCAUACCAGGGAGAGUCAUAUCUGAUAACAUCUUACUUAGCCAUGAGCUGGUCAAGGGGUACACAAGGAAACAUAUUUCCCCAAGAUGUAUGAUAAAAGUUAAUAUCCAAAAGGAUUAUGACUCAGUUGAGUGGUGCUUCAUUCAGCAAAUACUGACAGAGCUGGGAUUUCCUGAGCAGAUGGUGAGAUGGAUCAUGUUAUGUGUGCAAACUGUCAGUUACAGCUUUCAAAUUAAUGGCAUUUUAUUAGACAACAUGUUGGACAGAAGAGGGUUGAGACAGGGGGAUCCCAUGUCUCCCUACUUGUUUGUCCUUCUGAUGGAGUACUUGAACAGAUGCCUUGGCACAUUGAAAGAGGAACCUGAUUUUAACUAUCAUCUGAGAUGCCAAAGACUAGGGAUUACUCACUUAUGUUUUGCUGACGAUCUCCUCAUGUUUACAAGAGGAGAUAUAGGAUCUGUCCAAUUGCUAAGGGAUAAAUUUGACAUGUUCUCCGAGGCAUCAGGUUUGAAAGCAAAUAUGCAAAAGAGUCAAGUUUACUUUGCGGGGGUGGACAAUGAUACUAAGGAUGCAAUUAUUUCUGUACUUGGGUACGAGAUAAGUGAAUUACCUUUCAAGUACUUAGGAGUGCCAUUAUCUACAAAGAAACUCACGGUAGCUCAAUGUCAACCGUUGGUGGACAAAAUCACAGCAAGAAUCACAUCAUGGAUGGCUAAAAGAUUGUCUUAUGCAGGUAGAGUCCAGAUGAUUAGAUCAGUCCUGUUUGGCAUUCAAGCAUAUUGGUCCCAACUCUUUCUCUUGCCUCAAAAAGUGAUCAAGAUCAUAGAGGCAACAUGUCGAAGCUACCUGUGGACAGGAGAGGCCACCAUCUCAAAGAGGGCACUGGUUGCGUGGGAAAAAGUAUGCCUUCCUAAGGAUGCAGGGGGCUUGAACUUCAUCAACCUUAAGGCCUCGUGGAUGAUCAGGAAGAUAUUUCACAUGAGGAAAUUCUGGCCAGUGCUUACAAGCAACCAAAAACUACUUAGCAGGGGCACUCCUGGGCAGAAUACGUACCAAAGAUCUGCUAUUGAAAUGGGAGGUUUGGCAGAAGAUAUUGAAUUGAUUGGGUUGGCAACGCAGUAUUUUAGCAUGGGCAUCGGAAUGGCAAUGGGUACAGCAACACAACAAGUCGAAGAGGGCAAGAAAUAUGUUACUAAAGGCUUGUUUUGCAGGCGUGGUGUAUGA